ACAGCCCUGGCUCUUGGUUGGUGUCACUCGCGGCUCGCCACAGCCGAACUCCCCCCCACUCGCCCGCCUCCUCUGCAACCAAAUUCGCACGCCACGCCUCGGCAAAUUCUAGCUCCUUCCUCGUCGUCGAGCUGCGCAUGGCGAGGUCCAUGGAGAGCGGCGACGGCGGCGGCGGCGGGCUGGUGGUGACGGAGCUGAGCCACAUCAAGGAGUUGGUGCGGCAGCUGGAGGCGCACCUCGGCGGCUCCGACGAGCUCUGCAGGCACCUCACCACGGAGAUCUUCUCCCUCACCGAGCGCUCCAUCGGCAUCAUCACCGCCGCCUCCUCCUCCUCCGGCCUCGACGCCCGGAAGUGGGAGUACGCCGGGCUCGCCUCGCCCCUCCCGGCCACGCCCACCAGCGACGUCGCCGACGGGCCUUUCAGGAGCACCAAGAAGAGGAAGGUGAUGGAGAAGAGGAAGCAGCAGGUGCGCGUGAGCUCGCCCCGCGGCGGCGCCGGCGAGAACCCGGUGGACGACGGCCACAGCUGGCGGAAGUACGGCCAGAAGGAAAUUCUUGGAGCCAAGCACCCAAGGGGCUACUACCGCUGCACGCACCGCCACUCCCAGGGAUGCUUGGCGACGAAGCAGGUGCAGCGCACCGACGAGGACCCGGCGCUCUUCGACGUCAUCUACCACGGCGACCACACCUGCGUUCAGAGGCCGGCGGUGGCGGCGGCGCCGGAGCACAACCCGGACGCGAACAGCUUCCUGCAGAGCCUGACUGCAGGCCUCACGGUGAAGACCGAGGGGCUGCCGGCCCUGGCCGCGGACCCGCGGGGCUGGAGCGCCACCGCGCCGUUCUACUUGUCCACGCCGACGCCGGCGAGCGGGUGCCCGGCGACGGCCGAGCGCAGCCCGUUCUCCGCGCCGUCGACGUCGGAGAACUGGGGCGUGUCGCCGGCGACCUCGGACUCGAACCACGUCGCCUCCUACCUGCCAUUCGAGGACGCCGGGUGGCGGGGCCAGAACGAGCUCCUGGAGGUGGUGUCCGCACUCGUGGCCGCCAGCGCACCCCCGGCGCCCGCCGUGGACGGCCUCGACGAGCUCCUCGAUAUCGACGACGUGGACAUCGCGAGCUUCUUUGCAUGAUCCGCGCGCGUAGAGAUGAGGAUUAGGGAGGGAAUCGAAGCAGCUGAUGUGAUGUGACCGCCCCUCUGGGCUCUGGGCGUUCGUCCAGGAACAGAGGGAAGAGCACGAGAGCCCUGCUUCCUAGGUCCAUGCCGCGGCAUCAAUCGUAGGAGAUGAAUGAGAGUAGUGGUUGUAGUUUUUUUUUUGCCCACUUUUUUGUUAGAUUUUUUCUUCUUCUUGUUCUUCUGAGAGUGCUGUGUGGCAUUGUAUUAUUGAUUUUUGUGUCAAUGAAAAAAUAAUGAUCCUUCGAUGUUUCGAACCAUCA